AUGGGUUCCACGCUUGAUAGGCUCGAGCCAGUUGCCAUAAUCGGCAGCGCCUGUCGAUUUCCAGGAGGAGUGGCAUCGCCAAGCCAGCUGUGGGAGCUCUUAGAGAAUCCCAUAGAGUUGGUUCGCGAGCUUCCCGACGAUCGUUUCUCUGCGGAUACCUUUUAUCACCCUAAAGCCCAGUCUCCGGGUCAUACCAACGUGAAAAAAGCGUAUACGUUGACGCAGGAUGUUCGCAAGUUUGACGCGUCCUUCUUCAACAUCAGCCCGGCAGAGGCCAAGGCGAUGGAUCCCCAGCAACGCAUGCUUCUGGAAGUGACCUACGAGGGCUUGGAAAGAGCCGGUGUUACCAUUGAGUCCUUGAAGGGGUCUGAUACGGGAGUGUUCGUGGGGAUGAUGUGGAAUGAUUACCUUACGAUGCAGGCCCAAGAUAAUUUCAACAGUCCAACGUAUAUCGGCACAGGAACUGCCAGGAGUAUUGUGGCUAAUCGCCUAUCCUACUUUUUUGACUGGCAUGGACCUUCAUUUACGCUGGACACCGCUUGCUCGUCGAGCCUUGUCGCAGUGCAUCAAGCAGUGCGAGCCAUCCGUGAGGGAGACUGCGAGGUGGCAGUUGUGGCCGGUGUGAAUCUCAUCCUGGGCCCCGAAAAUUUCGUUCAGGAGAGCCAGUUGAAAAUGCUGUCGUCUGAUGGGCGUUGCAAGAUGUGGGAUCGAGACGCUGACGGCUAUGGCCGGGGAGAAGGUGUCGCUGUGCUGGUCCUCAAAAGGCUCGGGGCUGCGACGAUGCAUAGAGAUCCUAUUGAGUGUAAAAUCAGAAAUAUCGAGAUCAACCAUGACGGCAGCAAGGCGGGCCUGACCAAACCAAACAGCGCAGCGCAAGCGGAUCUGAUCAGGAAAACAUAUCACAAGGCAGGGCUCGAUAUACAUAAUCCUCAGGAUAGAUGUCAAUUCUUCGAGGCACAUGGCACAGGCACCGCCGCUGGUGACCCCGCAGAAGCAGAAGCUAUAUACCAAGCAUUUAGCCUAGAGAAACAAGCUUGGUCCGACAAUCAUAUGUAUGUGGGCUCGAUCAAAACGGUUAUAGGUCAUACUGAGAGCACUGCCGGAAUCGCUGGCAUCAUGAAAGCGUCUCUUUCUAUGCAAAAUGGCCGUAUUGCUCCUAACCUCCACCUGCACAAUAUAAAUCCAGCCAUUUCGCCUAUCUCCGGGGCCCUCGAGGUCCCGACCCGCCUGGUUGACUGGCCACAACAGUCUCGGAGAGCUAGUGUCAACUCCUUUGGUUUCGGCGGUGCCAAUGCUCAUGUCAUUUUGGAAGGUGUCGAAGUUUGGAGGGACCCGGUGGUGAAGAAAGCAGCAGCUCAGACCUUUACACCAUUGGUCUUCUCCGCCCAAUCUAAAGCCUCACUCGUUGCAACACUGAGAGUGUUUUCAGAAUACCUUGAUCGAGAACCAAAUGUAAAUCUCGUUGACCUUUCCUGGACGUUGCGAAACCGUCGAUCAAAGUUCCGCUGGCGAGUGGCGUACACAGCGACCAACGUCAGCUCGCUGCAGGAACAGAUCAAUGAGACCAUCGCAAAAUCCCACCAUCAUCCUGGAGCACUCAUGGAAAUUUCGAGUACUCAAAGGAGAGUGUUGGGUGUAUUCACCGGCCAGGGCGCUCAGUAUGCCCGCAUGGGGGCAGCUUUGCUGGAAAAGUCGGGGUAUUGUGCUGAGAUCGUCGGAGAGUUGGAGCGGGAAAUGGCCUCUUUACCACCGGAUGAUCGCCCAUCGUGGUCAAUCCGCGAGGAAUUACUCAAAGAUGGCUCGAAUACUCGCAUUAAUGACCCUGAAAUCUCUCAGACCCUCUGUGCAGUAGUGCAGAUCGUGCUCGUUCGUCUUCUUGCUCGGCUUGGAAUUGAGUUCUCCGCCGUCGUCGGCCACUCGUCCGGAGAGAUAGGUGCUGCCUUUGCCGCUGGAUGCCUUUCCAUGCGAGACUCUUUGCUAUUAGCAUACUUCCGAGGACGGUACGCCAAACAUGCGUGCGGUCUCUCUGGCGGUCCAGGGGCGAUGCUGGCCGUUGGAACAUCCCAACAGGACGCCGCAGAGCUGUGCGAUAUGGAGGAAUUCCGUGGGAGAGUCGUCGUUGCAGCUUCAAACUCAACAUCAAGUGUGACAUUGGCCGGUGAUGAAGAGCAGAUUGAGCAAAUCCGAAUCAUUUUCGAAGACGAGGGCAAAUUCUGCCGGAGGUUAAAGGUGGACGUGGCAUACCAUUCCCACCACAUGCUCCCUUGCUCCAAGAUAUAUAGAGAGGCCAUUGAACGCCAUGGAAUAGCGGGCAAAGGGAGUAGAAUGGGCCCCCGGUGGUACUCAAGUGUGCUACCAACGUCAGGCAUCCCGCACCUAUGUUCAGACUACUGGAUACAGAACAUGCUGCAGCCAGUACUAUUCCACCAGGCAGUUUCUCGGGCGGUGUCUGAGAUGGGGUGCGACAUGGUUGUUGAGAUUGGGCCUCAUCCCUCACUAGAGAGUCCAACUAUGAAAACCAUUCAAUUCAUAAAGUCUCCACGGGAUUUCCAGGAUGUCGUGCAUUUAGGAACGCUUCAACGAGAGAAAUGCGCAACAGAUGCCAUAUCUGAGACCCUUGCCUCUCUGUGGGUACACAACACACAGUGCAAUAUUGACUUGGAUUGGUAUGAGAAGCAAAUGACCGAGGACCAUGAAUUUGCUGUUGUUGUGGAUCUUCCCUCCUAUCAGUGGAACCACGAGCAUCCUCUUCCGGACGAAAAGAGUCGCUAUUUGCGCGCACUUUAUCACCGAAUGGGCAAAUAUCAUCCGCUUCUCGGUCGCCUGUGUCCAACAAGCUCUGACACCCACCUCCUUUGGCGUAACAUCGUUCGGCUGUCUCAAAUCCCAUGGUUGAAAGGUCAUCAGCUCCAAGGCCAGGUGAUAUUUCCGGCUACGGGAUAUCUGGUGACUGCCAUCGAAGCUGUUGCAUGUAUACUGAGCGAAAACGAGCAAGCGCGGCUAAUCGAACUUCAUGAUGUCCAGUUCCAUCAGGCAAUGGUAUUCUCUGAAACAGAUGAGGGGGUGGAGGUGCUUUUCCAGCUCGACAAGCUAUCCAGAGAAAGCGGCUCAAUCGUCAGCGCUCGAUUUAUUUAUUCCGCCGCUAUAGGGGCACAGGGCAACAUGAAGGCCACCGCCAGUGGCUUGGCGACGGUCGAGGUGGGCCGGGCAGAGAGUGAGAUACUUCCUCCUCGACAAACCCCCUCCACUAGUAUGUCCAUGGUCGAUCUAGACAUGUUCUAUCGCUAUCUGCAGAACCUUGGAUAUGAUUAUUCGGACCAAUUUCGCUCACUCGAUGACCUCGAACGGUGUUCUGGGUUUGCAGCAGGAAAGGUCUACCCUCCAGACAGCGAAGAAGCCAUGGAAGCACCAUAUCGAGUUCAUCCCGCUGUACUAGAUGCGGGAAUUCAGGUUCUACUAUUAGCCUACAGCUACCCGUGGGAUGGCAGACUGCGCUCGAUUCAUGUUCCCACCACCGUUGACAUUGUGCGGAUUAAUCCUGCGGCGUGCGAUGCGAUAACACAACCUGAGGUACCCUUUUCUAUUGACUCUCGACUCGCACCACCUGAUCAUGGGCUAGCUGCUCAUAUCACGGGCGACGUAGAGAUUUACCGGGGCAGCAGUAAAUGUGCGGCAAUCCAGCUAGGGGGAGUAACCGCUAAACCUCUGACGGCGGCCACUGCAGCUGAUGAUCGGCAGUUGGUCUUCUCAGAGACCUGGUGGCCGCAAGAGCCGGAUGCAACAGGCGUCGAUACUGACGAACCUAGUGAAAGGGUAGACGAUAUGGCGCGAUGUCUGGAACGAGCGUCGAUUUUCUACCUACGCCGGUUGCGUGACGAAAUUACCUACCGACCUUUGGAGGCUCCCAGCAGUCUUGCAACAUCAUAUCUGAACUAUGCAGACUAUAUAGUCUCCUUGGUGGGCGCUGGGCUUCAUCCGUGGGUUACAAUCGACGAUAAAAUUGACAGACUCGAAGACAUCCUUGCGGCUACUGCACCAUACUCCGAGUACCCCGAAGUAAAGCUGGUGCACGCCAUCGGAGAUAACAUCGACAGGGUAUUGCGAGGGGAAGUACACAGCCUCGAGAUCUUAGCAGCAGAUGGCAUGCUUGAUAAGUACUACGAGCACGGAGAGCCAAUGCGAACAACGAACCAAUGGCUCAGCCGCGUCGUUGAACAGGUCAGUCGCAAGUAUCCGCAUAUGAAUGUCUUAGAAGUUGGAGCUGGUACCGGAAGCGCAACAAAGGCCGUUCUGAGCCGGAUUGAAGAACGAUUUGCAUCGUAUACCUUCACGGAUGUAUCCUCAGGCUACUUUGGUGGAGCCGAAGGCCUCUUCAGCACCUGCCAGAAGAAGGCGAGCAUGAAGGUGCUUGAUAUUUCACGAGAUAUUGAAGCACAAGGGUUCGCUCCCCAUUCCUACGACCUCGUCAUUGCUUGCCACGUUUUGCAUGUAACUCCAUGCCUGGAAGACACCCUACGGAACAUACGUUCUCUGAUCAAGCCAGGCGGGUAUCUGAUCUUGUCCGAGUUGACUUCGAACGACAUAAGUCGGGUGGCCUUCAUAUUCGGUGCGUUGUCUAGCUGGUGGGCAGGGCGUGAUGAGGGUCGCGUACUGGGACCUAAUGUGUCUGCUGUUCAAUGGGAUAGUUUACUUCGAAAAACUGGAUUCUCAGGAGUGGAUUCGAUAGCUGGGGAGAGACACAACAGUGCCUAUGCAUGCACUGUGAUGGUGGCGCAGGCGAUUGACGAGCAAGUGGAAUUCCUGCGUCAUCCACUCUGGGCGCCCAGCCGACCUAUAUCCGGACUCCCUAUACCACAGUUGAUUCUACUUGGAGGUGCAUCGUUGACAACAGCGAGCCUCGUCGGCAAUCUGUGCCAGAUAGUAUCGCCAUUAAGCCAGAGCGUACUAACCUUCCAGACUCUACAGGACGUACAGUAUGAUGCCCUCCAUCCCGAGGCCGUAAUCCUGUGCAUGAUCGAGCUUGAUGCUCCGCUUUUUGCGAACGUCAAGGACGGGUGUUUUCAGAGCCUUAAGAAUAUGUUAUUAGAGCCGAGGAGGCUUCUCUGGGUGGUAGAGGGUAGUGGGAAGGCCGACAAGUAUAGCGCCAUGACUUUAGCGUUUAUUCGGUCUGCCUGUUGGGAAAUACCUGACAUGCGCUUCCAAUUCCUUCGAUGGGACCACGCUCGCCUGGCGAAUUCAAGCAACAUCGCCGAGUAUUUACUGAAGUUCGCUUGCUUGACAUCUCGAACUCAGAAAGCAAAAAAUAAGUUACUUUGGUCCUGCGAGACCGAAGUGAGGAUCAAUGUGCGGCUCCAAGCGCAUAUCCCUCGACUGGAGCCGGCAAAGCCGGCAAAUGAACGGUAUAAUUCUUCGGUGCGGAAAAUUACUCGCCAUGUCUCCUCCAGCCCAGUCCAGCGGGUCGGUCUGCAUCUUCAGCAUGGCAGGCAUGUCUUCGCAGUUUGCGGCGAUCAGUCCUUGAUUCACCGAGAUAGUGAGAAGGUGGAACUGGUCGUCGAGCUCAGCACUAUGUGGCCGCUCAGAUAUGCCGACGGCCAACUCUUCCUGGUCCUAGGCUGUUUAACAGGGAAAGCCACCACGUAUCUGGCGCUGACGCCGUCUGUUGCAUCUCACCUAGUCAUUCCUCAACAUCAGCUGGUCGAGUACAAAAUCCCAGAAGGACACACUAAAGUCAGCGCACUGGGAUGUAUUGUUGCUCAUCUGCUCGCUGCGGCAAUUUUGGAUGGCAUUGAAUGUGGCAAAUCAGUGCUGGUUCACAACUCGCCUAGACCUUUGGGAGAAAUUCUCCAGAGGAUUGCGGCUGAGCGGAAGGUUACUUUGACUCUUACCACCUCAGAAGCUGAAAAAGAUAUACCAGAGUCCUGGAUACACAUACCGCCCUACUCACGCCCACUGCAAAUCAAAACAACCCUGCCUCCAAACGUCGACAGAAUUGUGGACCUGACAGUGGACAAGGAGGUGGCGCAGAAGGGUAUCCUGGGGUGCAUUCACAAGCAAUGCACCGUUUGGGAUCUCGGCACCCUAUUAGGUGACGAUACUAGCAAUUGGAUAAAAACCAAGGCGUACGCAAAUCCGGAUGUUCUGAGGCUGGCUACACAUCAGGCAUGCUCCUCUGACUCUCCAUUCGACAUAUCUCUGAUUAGUUCCGCUGUUAUCACCCCCAAACAGCUUGUGGAUAAGCCACAGCCUCUCGCGCCCUUUACUUUACUUGACUGGAUUGCGGACAAAAUCAUCCCUGUGGGCGUCACCACUGCAGGUUCGCAAGUCACAUUUCGAGGAGACAGGACCUAUUGGUUGGCCGGUAUUUCAGGAAGCCUUUCCGCGUCACUAUGUGAGUGGAUGAUCAGCCGUGGAGCACGGUACAUCGUGAUCAGUAGUCGUCAACCGCGAAUCAAUCCGUUGUGGUUGGAUCGGAUGAAGCGGCUGGGAGCGACUGUCCUUCCAUUCGCCAAUGACAUCACCGAUUAUGAUCGAGUCCAGGAGUUAUACCAAACCAUAUGUAAGGAGCUCCCUCCGGUGGCUGGAGUCGCCCAUGGCGCCAUGGUUCUCCGGGACAGACCAUUGCGGGACAUGACCCACGAUGACCUCUAUACUGUUCUGGCACCAAAGGUUACAGGAAGUCAAAAUUUGGAUAGUCUAUUCUGGGAUAAGCCAUUGGAGUUUUUCAUACUUCUAUCUUCUGUGGUCAGCGUCGUUGGACAUGCAAGCCAGGCCAAUUACGCUGCUGCAAACGGCUUUUUGGACGCAUUGGCUAGCUAUCGCAGACAAAGGGGCCUAUGUGCAUCAACAAUCAACCUUGGAGUUAUUGCCGGCUCUGAUGUGGUAUCUGGGCGCUCUGGGGCCUCUUUAUUGACCGCGCUUCUCAGUCGGCGUUUUAUGGGCCUCUCUGAGUCAGACUUCCAUGAGGCCUUUGCAGAGGCUAUUGCCCUUGGGAAGGCGGAUAGUUCUUCGGGGUCUUCCGUUAUCACCGGAAUUUCACUUGUCAAAGAAGGAGACAAGAACAAUACAUUCGUGCCUGUGUGGACUAAAGAGCCAAAGUUCAGUUCACUCGUCAUUAACGGAGGCUCUUCUCAUGCAGGGACCGCCAAGAGGCGAGAUGGGAACUCCAUCGAGUCUCAACUACGUAAGGCAAAGACGGACGAGGAUGUUCGUGCGGUUAUGAUGGGUACUAUAUGCAGCAGACUUCGGCAGAUUCUUCAGGUUUCAUCGGACAUGGAUAUUACGUCUUCAACGCGCACUGAUCAACUAGGACUGGACUCUCUAAUUGCGGUUGAUCUGAAAUCAUGGUUGUCGAAGACAUACCGGGUUGACAUUCCGACGCUUAAGAUCAUGGCUGGAAUGGAGAUCGGGGAGCUUGUGCGAUUGACAAUGGAUAGCAUCGAACAUAGAAGUGAGGAAUCAUUGGAAGGAGAUACCAUUUCUUCUAGUGCCGAAGACCUAGUAGAAGAAACACCCCCGGGGUCGUCGUUGCUAGGCAACUCAGAUGAUCGAACAAGCAUGACUCCUGACCUAUUUCCAGAGACUAUGUGUACUACGGAGGGGGUGUCAAAAGCGUCUUCAGGCGAGCAGUUCAUUCAGUCUCGCAUGAAUAACAACGGAUCAGCAUUGGCAAGCAUCACUCAUGUAUCGACUGCUCAUGCACAACGGGAAGAAGGUCUAACGGGAGUCUGCUCCAUCUCUACUGAUGAUCAAUAUGAAGUAGUACGGUCUGGGGGCCUCUCUUCAUCACAGUCAAUGUUCUGGUUUAUAGAUUCAUUGAUGGAGGAGAAGACCACACUCAAUCACACCCUCCUAUACCGCAUUCAAGGACCACUUGACGCGGCAAAUCUGGAGCGGGCACUUAACGUUGUCGCGAUGCGCCACGAAGUUCUGCACUCACGGAUACGGUAUGACGAAAAAACGCAAGAGAUGAUUCAGGAGGUACUUCGAAAACAACUUGUGUUUUUGGAGAAAAGACAGGUUCAGGAUACAUGUGAAGUGGACACCAUGUACAACGAGCUUCACAGAUAUGUAUACGAUCCCGAAUCGGGUCACGCGUUCCGCAUGAUAUAUAUCUCUUCCUGCUCGGAGGACAGCUUCCUACUGAUCGGUUAUCAUCAUCUCAUUGUAGACGGCUCAAGUCAUGCCAUCAUCAUGCGCGACCUCCAGGACGCAUAUCGAGGACGACCACUUACAACGAAGCCUGUACAAUUCCUGGAUUACGUACAGGAAGAGCAGGAGAAGCGUGCUUCGCGUGUAUGGAGUGAAGAUAUCAUAUACUGGAAAGGCGUACUCGAUCCCGUGCCUGAACCUCUUCCCGUUUUUCGCAGUCGAGUCUCCACACGUCCACUCCUAAAGCAAUACGAUAUGCACCGAGUUGAGUACACUUUGCCCGGCGAUUUGCACAGCGAACUUAGCCGCCUGGCGGUAGCAAAUCGAGCCACGCCCUUUCAUGUCUACCUUGCCGCAUUUGAAGUUCUUCUCUUUCGCUUUCUCGGUGUACAUGACCUUUGCAUCGGGACAGGGGAUGCGAAUCGUUGGGAUGCUGGGAAAACUGACUGCGUUGGUCCAUAUAUUAACCUUGUACCUCUUCGUUUUCAGGUCGAUAAGGACAUGACAUUCGCCUCUGUCUUGAAAGCAACACGAAACACGACCUAUGACUGCCUCCAACAUGCCCAGGUGCCAUUUCAAGUGUUACUUAAUGAACUGCGAAUUUCACGGUCAGCAGCUCACAGUCCCGUGUUCCAGGCGUUCUUGGAUUACCGACUUGCUCCCGAGACCGACGGCUUGUUUGGAGACCGCCACAUCGACCUGGAGAGAUGGGAUAUUGCACAGCUGGGCUACGACUUCAUGAUUGAUGUCGUCCCUCAUCCGACUCGUGGAAUGUCCAUUGCGAUCCAUGUGCAGAAGUCAGUCUAUGGGGAGGUAGAGGCCAGAAUGCUCGCGAAGGGUUACGAGGAUAUCAUCAAAGAAAUCGUUGCGGCGCCUGGCCGCUCAAUAGAACGCCAAUGGAAGUUCCGAGCAGAUGACAUAAAUGAAGCUUGCGAGCUUGGACGGGGACCCUCUGCUGCUUCAAGCUGGCCAACAACCAUCCCGCAUCGCAUUGACACCAUUGCCAAGUACCAUGGCUCUCGAACGGCUGUAAGAGAAGCCAGCGGUGGGACGGUCACGUACAGUGAGCUGCUUGCCCGAGUAGACAGCAUCGCAUUGGCCAUGGUAAACAGUGGCUUGAUGCGAGGAGCGCCGGUUGCGGUGUAUCAGGAACCAUCAAUCGAGUCUAUCGCUUCCACACUGGCCAUUCUCAAAGUUGGUGGAGUAUAUCUACCGCUAGAUCUAUCGGUUCCACCGGGGAGAUUAGCCACAAUGGUGCAGUCCGUUAAUCCUAGGAUUGUAUUGGUACACGAUGCAACCUUAGGCCGCGAGAGAAAUCUUUUCCUAGCACAGAGUGUCCCCACGAUAAACGUGUCUAACGUGCGUCAACUUGGUCAAACGUGUGGUAGUCGCGCUUUUAGCAAUGGCCCUGCGGUAAUUCUCCACACCAGUGGAACAACAGGAGUGCCCAAGGGAGUGCUUCUCACGCACGCCAACCUGCGAAAUCACAUGGAAUUCUCCAUGCCACUUGCAGAUAUCAGGCCAGAGCAUGUCUUUCUCAACCAGAGUGCUUGCUCAUUUGAUCUGUCCCUGGCACAAAUCCUCGGGCCUCUGUGCUAUGGGGCUACUGUGUGCGUUGCACAGCGCGAGGUGCGAUAUGACCCUGCAGAAAUGACGCAUUUAAUACGUCGUGAGAGAAUUACGCAUACUUUGGCUACACCUAGCGAAUAUAGAAGCUGGCUGAAAUGCGCGGGACUUGAGGACCUUCAAGAAAGCACCUGGGUUACGGCUUUAGUCGCGGGUGAGCCAGUGACGCAAGAUUUGCUAGAGAACUUCCGACUGCUCGCAAAGGACAACCUACGGCUCUACAAUUUGUACGGCCCGUGCGAGACCACUAUUUGGUCUACCGCUACUGAGCUAGAAUACUCCAUACCCGGCCAAUAUGCACAGGGAGUCCCAGUUGGACGGCCUGGCUAUAAUGAGUGGAUAUACAUUGUAGAUGAGUUGCUUCAACUCCAGCCUGUCGGACUUCCCGGUGAGGUCAUCAUUAGCGGCGCCGGUGUUGCGGAGGGAUAUGUCAUUUUGGAUGAUGAGAACAAGGCCAAGUUUGUGGAGGACACUUUUCACUCUUCAAAGGUGGAGAACCAGAUGAUGUACCGAACUGGUGACCGAGGAAGACUACUAGAAAAUGGUCAGCUCGUCCUCGAGGGUCGCGUGGCGGGUGAUACUAUGGUGAAGCUUCAUGGCGUACGGAUCGACCUCCAGGAUGUUGAGAAGAGCGUACUGCGUGUCGGCGGGGGGUCUUUGGUGGACGUCGCGGCCUCGAUAAGACAAGGCUCUGGGCCUGGCUCUGCACACCUCGUUGCUCACGUUGUCUUCUGCAAAAGUGACCCGAUGUCACAAGGACCGCAUCAAUUUCUACGACAGCUUAGGCAUCGCCUUGACCUACCAUCUACGAUGUGCCCCACGAUGAUCCCUAUUGAGCAAUUGCCACGAACGGUGUCAGGGAAGCUUGACCGGGCUGCUGUGAAAAACCUUCUCGUGCAAUCCUCGAGUCCCUCUGAGAAUGAUGUCGGGGAUCUGUCGAAGUUGCAAGCAAGAAUGAAACAACUUUGGCUGUCUGUUAUACCCGCCGAGCUUGUCAGAGCUGAGGACAUCGAUCAAGAGACGGACUUUUUCCACGUUGGAGGAGAUUCAAUGUUGCUCAUUGACCUGCAUCGAUCGGUCACAAAUGAGUUUCAUUCUUCUAUCUCUCUUUUACAACUCUUCCAGCAUAGCACUCUGGAGGGAAUGUCGUCGCUUUUGUCACCCAACGGAAUUGGAUCAUCGACUUCCGACACCAUUGAACGAGGACCUGAUACCAUCGAUUGGAACAAAGAAACUGCUCCGUUAGUUCGUGAUGUGCCCUGGAGGGAGAUGGCUGUUAACCCGCCAAGCCCGUUGCCACGAACCAUUGUUCUCACUGGUGCGACGGGGUUGCUCGGUGAGCGCUUGUUAGAAGUUCUUGAUCGGCACCCGCAGGUUGGCACAAUCAUCUGCGUUGCUGUCCGCACACUGAAGGCUCGACAGGAGCAGCUAAAGAGGUUUCGAAAGGUGGAAUAUAUUGAAGGAGAUCUGGCCCUGCCUUUACUAGGGCUCGAUGAACCCACAGCGUGCCGCGUUUUUAGGGACGCCGAUGCCGUCAUCCACAACGGCGCAGACACCUCUCAGGCCAAAUCAUACACUACUAUACGGCCAGUCAACCUUCAGUCAACCAAAGAACUGGCAAGUCUUUGUGCCAGGCGUCGGAUUCCUCUUCAUUACGUCUCCACGGCGAGUGUAUUACUUCUAGGUGGCCAAGACGGGCAAGAUAAGCAUGUAACGCACUUCACCCCGCCCACUUCCGGUGCAUUCGGAUACGUUUCGUCAAAGUGGGCUAGUGAAUGUUAUCUGCACAAAGUCAAUCAAGAGUUUGAUCUACCAGUCUUUAUCUACCGGCCCACCCAACUGGUCCCAAGCAAUGAGAGUAACCGGGGGCAAACCAGCUUCGGGCAGAUGCUGCUUGACUAUGUGCAGCGUUUGCAGAAAGUCCCUGAUAUACCUAGCAUUUUGGAAACAUUAAGUUUUGUUCCGACUGACCGGGUGGCUAGGGCAGUUGUGAGGUCUGUCCUAGGCAAUAAUCGGGGUAAGAGCCUUGUUUUCCCUCUGGAAAGUGAUGAUAAGCCGAUCAAGAUUCUAUCAAAUAAGGAGAAAAACCUACCGACCAUUGCCUUAUCGGAGUGGAUUCAGCACGCAGAGAAUAUUGGGAUGCCGUCUGCAGUUGUUGCGAUGUUUCGACAAAUAGAGGAGCAUAUGGAUCUGCUGGGUGCGUGA